AUUGAGAAAACGAAACGAACACCGGCUGUCAGUUUUUGAAAUUGUUGGAGAGGAGAGGAGAGUAGAGCUAGAGCUCUGGCAUGGAGAGCCAAGCACAGACCAGAUAAAGACUUGUUUCAUUUGAUAUUCGCGGCACUACCAAAUCAAAUACGCUGGAGUUUACGGGGGAACCGGCAGCGUAGAUGUGACGCCGAUUUAGCAUUAUUAGCUGGCAGUUAUCGCACAAUUAGUACGCGGGCGAGAAUUAAAAUUGAGAAGUCAGGCCAGGCACCUGUGAUACGUUUUAUUCCCAAAUCGGUUCGGUAAUCGGAAGUGUCGGACAACAAUAGUUUGGUCCCAAAAAUAUUAGAGGGAGAGGAACAAAACCAUGUAUUCAAAAAUCUUUCGCACUGUGAUAAUCGGAGCUCCAGGCUCCGGAAAAGGCACCAUUUCCGAACUUAUCGUGCAGACCUUUGGAUUCCUGCACAUUUCGUCUGGGGACAUUCUUCGCCAGAACAUCCUGAACAACACCGACCUGGGCAAGAAAGCGCGGCAGUACAUCAGUUCUGGAAGACUAGUGCCGGAUGAUAUUCUGAACAAAACAAUGCUUGGUCGCAUCACAGAAGUGGGAAACAAGUCCUACAUCCUGGAUGGUUUUCCACGAAACAAAGCGCAGGCCCAAGUGCUGGCGGGCAGUGAGCAAAUUGAUGCCGUCAUCAAUCUCGUAGUUCCCCACGAUGUAAUCAUUGAUCGAGUCAAGAACCGAUGGAUUCACCAGGCCUCAGGAAGGGUCUACAACAUUGGCUUCAACGAUCCCCAGGUGCCUGGAGUAGAUGAUGAGACAGGCGAACCGUUGGUGCAACGCGAAGAUGAUAAGCCCGAGGUGGUGAAAAAACGGCUGAUGCUGUACGACGAAAUAAUGCUUCCAGUUUUGGAUUAUUACAAAGAACGGGGUUUAGUCAGCACGUUUAGGGGUUCCAAAAGCAAGGAGAUCUGGCCGCGAGUAGAGCUCUUUCUCAGAGAAAAGAUCCAUAAGUGCCGUUGAUCCAUAUGUGAUCCAAUGCCCGUACUGACAUUGAAUUCCACCUAUUGGGCACAAAAUACCAAUAAGUAACGAUUUCAAAAACAAGUCUAGAGGUAUAAGAAAUAAAAAAUUAUUUUUUAAUGCUUUUCAGGAUAAUCAUGGAACUUUCAUAGAAAAUUUAAACAAUAAAGCAAACCCCCAUUGAAAGCCAACCUACAAUUGUUGCAUUUUCUAUGAGAAGCUAUGGCUAUCUUGAAAAUAUUACGUCAUGUGUUUAAUUAAGUGCAUAGUUUUUCUAUAAAUGUGUGUAUAUGUACGUUGUACAUAUGGCUAAGAGUCAGAUGGACGCAAACAAAAUAAUUGAAUUUGAGAAGCCUUACAUUGCGAAAUCGAAAUUGAACCAUUUAGCCAACAGAUACUUUCUUACUAUAGUCUCCGCAGCUGUUUUUUUAUGAACAUAUUUUUGUAAUUGUAGUACGUGCUCUGAUAAUAAAGUGUUUGUUAUAUUUGGCGCUGAUAA